UAUGAUAUUUUAGAAAGUCUUCUCCUGCUGAUAACUUGGCAGGAAAAAACAGUUCCAGUGAAAAAGAAAUACAAGUUUGGAAUGGCAUCCUCAAUUCCCAGUGGACAUGUCUGGAAAGACACAUGGAAUCCUGUUUCUUGUAGUUUGGUUCUAAUGGAAGUGAAAGAUUGCCUGGGGAGAAAAAAUAUAUAUAUAAUGAGAGAGUCCACAAUAUGCCAGUGGAUGGAAUUACAAAAAUCUUUUGAUCUUCAUGGAACAGGAAUUUUUAAGAAACAUUUACUUCUGAGUAUAGAAAAACACACAGAUUCAGUGGGAAAAAAAUAAAAAGAAUAUAGUUAUCCUUUUAUUACUCUUCGGCCCUACUCUGUGACAGAUGAGAAUUAUAUCCCUCAGGUAGUAAACCAGAUAUCAGGUGACAAAAACACAGCCAUCGUCAUUACCCUUGGUCAGGACUUCUACCCUUUCUCCAUUGACAUUUUUAUUCACAGGGCCAUGCAUGUCCAAAAAUCUAUUGAACAACUGUUUCUAAGAAACCUGGCCACAAAAGUCACCCAUAAGACAGAAAACAUCAGAGAGAUGCACACAGAGACAGAGAGUUUUUGGGACUUUAUCAUGAAGGACAUUGUGAAAGACCUCAGUGUGGGUGUCAUCGAUGGCUGGGACAUGUGCAUGUGGCCAUGUCCCAUUGCAUGUGGCACCAACAAUGUCUACCCACUUUAUCAUGUGAUUGAAAAUCAAAUUAACCUGUUCUUUAAGUAUAUUUGCUAAAGUCUAAAUAUGUGAAAUCCCUAGGUACUAAUCUCCAUAUUGUCAGAGAAGUUUUAUUUAUUCUAGAGAUUAAGAAAAUCAAAUUUAAAAGAAUAUGUCUAGACAGGAAGGAUACUUAGGAACAAAGACAACCAAUAUAAAAUGCAAAGCCAAGAGAAUUGACAUGAAAAAUUAUUAUACCAUGCCUUGAGCUUGUCUAGGAGAAAUAAUAAAUGUUUUUAUUCUUUAAGCAAGGUUGGGUCAUGACUUCUGUUACCUGUGCUGAAAGCCUCCUACCUGAUACUGUAGUAGGGUAAAGGAGAAUAAACAUUUAAUCAUAUAAUGGUCUAAAACAGGGUCCAUCUAACUUUUUCCGUAAAGAGCUAGGUGAUAAAUGUUUUCGGCUUUGUAAGCCAUUUGUCCCUGUCACAACUGCUCAACUCUGCUGUUCUAUGUGAAAACAGUCAUAGACGUCAUAUAAAUGAAUAUGGUUAUGUUCCAAUGUUUUAUUUAUUUGUGGAUGCUGAUAUUUUAAUUAGACAUAUUCUUACAUGUCAAGAACUAUUAUUCUUUUUUCUCCCUCCCUUCCCCUCUC